AUGAUUGCGAGUACCUUCUUUGACAGGGUACAUCAAUGGAUGCCAUUGUUGUCCCGUCGUCGGUUCUAUCAACACCUAUCCAAUCCUUUCGCUGGAAGGUCCACAGAUUUCAAUCUAGUCUUACUUGCGAUGAAACUGGUCGAGUCUGAAUACACAUCGGCCAACUCAAGGCUCUAUGAUGCACUAAGGAAUUCUCUAACGGAUGUCGCUUCUCGCGGCCACCUCACGCUUUAUACCCUUCAGGCAAGCAUACUAGUUGCUUGGUUCGAGUAUGGGCAUGCUAUUUACCCAUCUGCAUACUUCUCCGUUGGCUUCUCUGCCCGUCUCGCAACCGUUCUAGGAGUGGAGAAAAGUAUUGAUGUCGAGAACGGGCCUUGGGCAGAUAUCGAAGAGGCACGCAGAUGUUGGUGGUCGAUCUUGUUACUCGAUCGGUAG